CUGCCGCCUCCUCACGUCCACGUCCCAGGCGAGCUGCAGUUCACCUCGAGCAAGCCUUUAGUUUGACAGCUGCAGCUUUCCUACCACACUUUAACACGCAGUUUGCUUCCGAUAAACACACGUACUCGGCCAUUUUUGUGACUCCUUCCCCGUCUUUACUGCAAACUGCAUUAUUUUUAGCUCUCGCAUCGAGUGUUUUUUUUUUUUUUUUUCUGGGACACUCGGCUACAGUGGGCCAUGGCCUUCCUUGGGCGCACAGUGCGGCGUGUAGUGUCGACAGUGAGGCCUCCCCUCUCCCCCUUGUGCCAGACCACCGCUCGGUCCUACAGCUCAGAGCCCACCAAGGAAAAAAGUGUUCCCUACGAGAAGACGCUCCAACAGAAGGAUGGAGCCUCCUCUGGACCCACUAAACCUUUACCCAGAUCAGCGGAUGUGGUGGUGAUCGGAGGAGGCAGUCUGGGCUGUCAGACCGUCUACCACCUGGCUAAAAUGGGGAUGACCAACGUAGUUCUGCUGGAGAGAGACCGACUGACUGCUGGCACCACCUGGCACACUGCAGGCCUACUGUGGCAGCUCCGUCCAAGUGAUGUUGAGGUAGAGCUCCUGGCCCACACCAGGAAUGUGAUCAGCAAAGACCUGGAGGAGGAGACGGGUCUCCACACAGGCUGGAUCCAGAAUGGAGGACUCUUCAUUGCCUCCAACAAGCAGAGGCUGGACGAGUACAAGCGCCUGAUGUCGCUGGGUAAAGUUUAUGGUAUCGAGUCCUAUGUCCUGUCACCCGCGGAGACCAAGGACCUGUAUCCUCUGAUGAACGUUGAUGAUCUGUAUGGAACCCUGUAUGUGCCAAAAGAUGGCACCAUGGACCCAGCAGGCACCUGCACCACCUUGAGCAGAGCUGCCACCGCCAGGGGAGCCAAGGUGAUCGAGAACUGCCCUGUGACUGGUAUCCAAGUGCGGGCAGAUGACUUCGGUGUAAAGAGGGUGAAGGCAGUGGAGACCCCUCAUGGGACCAUUGAGACGCCUUGUGUGGUGAACUGUGCAGGUGUGUGGGCCACCAAGCUUGGGGAAAUGGCUGGAGUCAAAGUGCCUCUUGUUGCAAUGCAUCAUGCCUAUGUGGUGACAGAGAGAAUUGAAGGCAUACAGAACAUGCCAAAUGUCAGGGACCAUGAUGCAUCGGUGUACCUGCGCCUCCAAGGUGACGCCCUGUCUGUGGGGGGUUAUGAAAACAACCCCAUCUUCUGGGAUGAGGUGUCUGAUAAGUUUGCCUUCAGCCUGUUUGACCUGGACUGGGAUGUAUUCAUGCAACACAUUGAGGGUGCCAUCAACAGAGUUCCUGGUCUUGAGCAGACUGGCAUCAAGUCCACUGUCUGUGGACCAGAAUCAUUCACAGCUGAUCACAAACCGCUGAUGGGAGAAGCCCCAGAGGUCAGAGGUUUCUUCCUCGGCUGUGGCUUCAACAGUGCCGGCAUGAUGCUGGGAGGUGGUUGCGGUAGAGAGCUGGCUCACUGGAUCAUACAUGGCCGCCCUGAAAAGGAUAUGUAUGGUUACGACAUCAGGCGGUUCCAUAACUCGCUGACAGACAACGCAAGCUGGAUCAGAGAGAGGAGCCACGAGUCGUAUGCAAAAAACUACUCUGUGGUGUUCCCCUUUGAUGAGCCGCUGGCCAGCCGGAACAUGAGGAAGGACCCUUUUCAUCAGGUGCUGACGGAGCAGGGCUGUGUGUUCCAGGAGAGACAUGGCUGGGAAAGACCUGGCUGGUUCAACAAAGAAGGGCCCGCUCCUCUUAAAGAAUAUGAUUACUACGGGGCUUACGACGUAAAGAAGAACGUGAACUACAAAUACAACGAAUUGCUGGGAAAAGAGUACACCUUUGACUUCCCUCCACAUCAUGACGUGAUUAAGAGUGAGUGCCUCUCGUGUAGACAUGGUGUGGCAGUGUUUGACAUGUCCUACUUUGGAAAGUUCUAUCUCACUGGACCAGAUGCCAAGAAGGCGGCUGAUUGGCUGUUCACCGCUGAUGUCAACAAGAAGCCAGGCUCCACUGUGUAUACCUGCAUGCUGAAUAAAGGAGGAGGGACGGAGGCUGACUUGACUGUGAGCAGACUGGAGCCUGGAGAUGCCAACCUGCCACUGGCACCACAGUCCAACGGUGAUGCAUACUACCUGGCCAUCGGAGGCGGUGUAGCAGAACACAACUGGAACCACAUCAGAACAACUCUUCAGGACCAAGGCUUCAACUGCCAGCUGACAGACCACUCCGAGGACAUGGGGAUGAUCAGCAUCCAGGGACCCAAGAGCCGAGAGGUGCUGCAAGAGGUGUUGGACACAGACCUGAACAACGAAGCUUUUGCCUUCUCUACCCACAAAGUUGUCAAUGCAGCGGGGCAUCAGGUGCGAGCUAUGCGUCUGUCAUUUGUCGGAGAGCUCGGUUGGGAGCUGCACAUUCCCAAAGACUCCUGCCUUCCAGUCUACCAUGCUGUCAUGGCCGCUGGUGCAAAGCACGGCAUCAUCAACUCAGGCUACAGGGCCAUCGACUCACUCAGCAUAGAGAAAGGGUACAGACAUUGGCACGCUGACCUUCGCCCAGAUGACACUCCCUUGGAGUCCGGGCUGGGCUUCACCUGCAAACUGAAGAGCUCAAUCCCCUUCCAGGGCCGUGAAAGGCUGGAGAAACAGAAGGAGGAGGGGCUGAGGAGGCGCAUCGUCUGCUUCACCAUUGAUGAGAAAGUACCGAUGUUCGGUCUGGAGGCCAUUUUCCGUAACGGCACUCCUGUUGGUCACCUACGGCGUUCUGACUAUGGCUUCUUUGUCGACAAAACUAUUGGAUAUGGAUACAUCCGCAACCCUGAUGGAGGAGUGGUCAGUGCCGAUUUCAUAAAGAGCGGAGAGUUUACCCUGGAGAGGAUGGGAGUGACGUACAAGGCCAAGGCCCACCUCAAAUCUCCAUUUGACCCUCAGAAUAAACGCGUCAAGGGCAUCUAUGUUUGAGAAGGACUGCGCACGUGAAAACUGAAGAAAACACACUCUGGUCUGAGAGAGGUGCAAGUUUUGCAACUGUGAAAUCUUUUUUGUACGUGCAUAUGCAGCUGUUUAACUCUUAACAUGUUGGACUCUUUGUCAUAACUAUGCAUCUUAAAUGUGAUCAUUUUUUUAAAGAUUAUAUAUUUGAUUUAAUAUAACUGGAGGGGAAAUCUGUCUUAGAAUCUGUAUCAAGAUAUAAAAGCUGCUGAUAUAAAUCUGGUAUGAAUGUUUUGUUAUUAAGCUCCUUUAAACCCUCUUUGGGUUAAAGAGUGACACUGUUCUUUGUGAGUAGCAUUACUAUAAAGAAAAUGAAUUGUUAUUAUCUCCAGUAAUCAAUUAUUUUAGCAGUACACCUGGGUAAAGUGCUAAAGAACCAAUCAGUAUCCAGCUAACUUUGAAAAAAACCUGUGGGAUUGAUCUUAACAACACAUGAUCAAAACAGUCAAAUUAAGCUCAUUCAGAAUGUCUAAACCAUAACACUAGAUACAUUAGAUACAUUAGAUGCGUGUGCGUGUGU